CCACCAGGGGCUUUCCACUCCACUCCGCGCAGUGCCGAGAACGGCUCGGCCGUCCAGAGCUCUCCCUUGCGCUUCUCGGCACGGAGACUCCAGACGCGCAGCGCGGCGGCAGACCGGCGCGCACCGAGCGUCACGUCCCUCUGGUUUUCUGUCGCGCAGAGGAUCCUAUUCAUUUCACUCCGGGAGCAGCGGCGAAGUUGAAUACCCCGCCACGGCGUGCCCCUGCAACUUGUCACGCCAGAGGCGUUUGUCUCCGACACGGGAUAACGAAGAAGUCCGAGAGGAGCCACAGAGCAAGGCAUACACGCAUGUUGGUCGGCGUAGAAAGAACUUGGAGAGCUGGCGGCAAGGUCAUCUGAUGAAAGAAUGGUUUUGUCCUUUCCCUGCCUUUGAAUCACUGAUGGAGCUGUCACGAUGGCCAAAGAAAUAUACCGGAGAGCCUUUUGAAGAAUGAACUUUCCAAACCACUGGUUUGUUCUGGAGGGAGAAGCCGCUGAAGAUCAAACAAUCUCCCCGGCAGUAAAGUCACCUGGCCUUUUCUCAGUUCAAGGAUUCUGCUUCAGGAGGCGAAACCAGUCAGGACUUGUCGAGGAGCUGUUUUUUUGGGGUGGUUUUUUUGCACAAACAGUUCAAUAUACCUUUGGGACAACUUAGUAUUGAAAAGGUGCAACGGGACAUUUGAAGCGGCCUGCCUGCAAGUGAAAUGAGUAAACGACAAAGGCAUAAAUGAAUGGAAAUCAUCGCUCUUCCGACGCGUGUUCCUCAAUGCCAAUGUAUCCCUGGUUCCCCCCACGGAUGGGUGCAUUUUAACAUUCAGCUUGAGAAACACCUUCCGGAGUCUGUUUGCUUGUUACUCUAGGUCAUGCUCUGAGAAAACAUCAGAAAACUCCAUAAGGUGGGGCAGAUCCUAUAAAAGAAUAAGAAUGACUGACUAUGUUACAAUACACACAGGUCCUCCGCAGGUGGUAGAAAUCCAAUAUGCUCCAUGACCUGCGUUGUAUUCAACAGGUGACUUCAGAUUGAUUCGUGAUCCCAUGGAUUAACUUUCAAGUUCUCGCGCAAAGACCUUUUUUUAAGUUUGCCCCGGGCGGAGUUUUUUCAUCGGUGUAAAACCGCAACUGAAAAACUCUCCGACUGUCUUCAUGUAUCUUUUUCAUUACGGAUAGCUUUCUCUCUUUCUUUUCCUUUUUUCCCCUUCUAUUUUUUUUAUUGAAAAUGACUCAUUUUUGGACGGCAGGACCUUGGGCACCGUUGGCAGCGUUGGCUCUCCUUAGCUGCUGCGGCUUUGGCUCGUGCGAAGCCUCAAGGACUAGUGGUUCAACCUCAGAAGGGAAUAGACAGGAGCAAGGACCCUCGUCGCUUGAGCGGGUGAAGAGAGGAUGGGUGUGGAACCAGUUCUUUGUGGUGGAGGAAUACACGGGCACAGAGCCACUGUAUGUCGGAAAGAUCCAUACGGACUCGGAUGAGGGUGAGGGCAACAUCAAGUACACAAUCUCUGGAGAGGGCGCGGGCUCCAUCUUCAUCAUCGAUGAGCUAACAGGUGACAUCCAUGCCACAGAGAGACUGGACCGCGAGGAGAAGGCUUUUUACACACUUAGGGCUCAGGCCCGGGACCGGCUCUCCAACGACCCGCUGGAACCAGAGUCAGAGUUUGUCAUCAAGGUCCAGGACAUAAACGACAGUGAGCCCAAGUUCUUGGAGGGUCCCUAUAUCGGCAGCGUGGCGGAGCUGUCACCCAUAGGAACGUCUGUCAUGAAGGUCACUGCAUCGGAUGCCGACGACCCUACAUACGGCAGCAGUGCCAGAGUGGUGUACAGCGUACUGGAUGGAGAAAAGUUCUUCACUGUCGAUAGACACACUGGGAUCAUCAUGACAGCAGUGGCAGAUUUGGACCGUGAGACACAGGAUCGUUAUGAGUUGGUCGUCAAAGCAACGGACAUGGCAGGACAAAUGGGCGGUCUCUCCGGCUCCACCACAGUGACCAUAGUGAUCACAGAUGUUAAUGACAACCCACCGCGCUUCCCACAGAAGAUGUAUCAGUUUUCUGUGUCCGAGGGAGCGGCUAUGGGGACGCCAGUCGGACGCGUCAUUGCCACGGAUGCCGACAUGGGAGACAACACAGACAUGAGCUAUCUGAUCAAAGAGGGAGGCGAUCUCUUCAAGGUCUCUACUGAUGUGGAGACACAGGAAGCCGUUGUCUCCAUCAAGAAGCCACUGGACUUUGAGAGCAAGCGCACACACAACGUCGUGGUGGAGGCCGUAAAUAAGCACGUUGACCCUCGCUUCGUGGACCUGGGCUCCUUCCGCGACCAGACCAUCGUCCGGGUCAGCGUGUCCGACAUUGACGAGCCACCCAUCUUUCAACCGGCAGAGGGCACUAUCAUGGAGGUGCAGGAGGACGCCAAAGUAGGAGCACUGGUUGGCGUCGUCACUGCCAGAGAUCCGGAUGUGAAGAAUAAGCCUGUCAGGUUCUCCAUCGAUCGGACCACGGACCAGGAGAUGAUCUUCCAUAUUGAUCCCGAUUCGGGGGCCAUCACACUGGGCAAGAUUUUGGACCGAGAGACUGCAGGCUGGCACAAUAUCACGGUGAAGGCUGUAGAAGCAGAAAACCACACCAUGGCAUCCCACUCUGCAGUGAGUAUUCGAAUCCUGGAUGUGAACGACAAUCCUCCUGAGCUGGCCACACCGUACGAAGCCUCUAUAUGUGAGGAUGCCAAACCAGGACAGCUAAUCCACACCAUCAGUGUGGUGGAUAGAGACGAGCCGCAAACUGGACACCGCUUCUACUUCACCCUGGCCCCUGAGGCCUCCAGCAAUCGACACUUCACCCUGUGGGAUGUCAAAGACAACACAGCUGGCAUCCGGACCCAGCGGUCAGGCUUCAACCGCCAUGAGCAGAAUGUGUACUUCCUGCCUAUCCUGGUGGUUGACAGCGGGCCUCCCUCUCUCAGCUCCACGGGCACCCUGACCAUUCACGUCUGCGGCUGCGACACAGAAGGAGCCAUCCAAUCCUGCAAUGCCACGGCCUAUGUAAUGAGUGCCGCUCUCAGCCCUGGGGCACUUAUAGCACUACUGGUCUGCAUGCUCAUCCUCAUAGUCCUUGUCUUGCUGAUCCUGACCCUGAAACGCCACCGGAAGGGCCAGAGGAUGGCAGAGGACGAGGAGGACAUGAGGGACAACGUCAUCAAGUACAAUGACGAGGGCGGAGGGGAGCAGGACACUCAGGCGUACGACAUGAGCGCCCUGAGGAACCUCUACGACUUCCCCGAGGCCAAGAGCUGUGACCCUGGGCCGGACCUUCGCCCACUGCCACAGUGGGUGCAGGCGAGCCGAGUGGCCGGCGGUGCGGAGGGACCCGCGGCAGCGAUGGCGGACUUCUCCCAAUUCAAGGGCUACAUCCGAAAGAAGGUGGAGCAGGCCGACGCCGACUUGUCGGUGCCGCCGUACGACUCCUUCCAGACGUACGCCUUCGAGGGCAGCAGUUCGCCGGCACUCUCGCUCAGCUCCAUCCACACGCUGUCUACCGCCUCGGAGCAGGAUUUCUCCUACCUCAGCGACUGGGGACCGCGUUUCAGGCAACUGGCGGGCUAUUACGCUCCAGGAAACCCAGAGGAGGAGGGAUCCUAGCACAGCUUCUCCUGAGCAGAGAGACACACGUAAACUCCCUCUCCUUCCUCCUCCUCCUCCUCCUCCUGCUCUGCCUCCCCUUCUCCCCCCUCUGGCACUCGAUGGAGUUCAUCAGAGCCAGCACUGUGUACUCCUUGAAACAGAGCACAGCUUCUUUAUCUCCUCGGAAGGAAGUUCAGAGUGUCAGAGUUUGAACUCAAGUUAUUUUUUAACGCUCUUCUGAUUUGGUUUUUGUGAGGUUUCAGACUCAAACAUGAGAGCUCCGGUGACGAUACGACAAAGUGGAAUGAAAGAGAGAUAUCCACUCACACCGAAAACUGCCGCUUAGGCAUGAGUAAAGGGAGGACUCUUUUCCUCUCCUAAACCAUAAAUGAAGAUCCUUAUUUUAAUCUAAGAGACUGAAAAGAAAAAGAACACGUCACGGCAAACGGUCUUUGACAAACAUGUAUUUAUUUAAGGAGAAAAUAUUUAUGUAUUUAUUUGUUUUUAUGUAUGUAUUUAUUUAUUUACAGCCUUGUCAUCAUGACGACUGCGGCGGUGAGCUCUGCCGGAGUGCUGAAGCAAAUGGGGAGAGACGAGGACAUUAUUGACAAAAAAAAAUAUAAUAAAAAAAGGAAUGAGAGAGAACACAGAAGAAAAGAAAGGCAGGCGGGGGCAGAGGACCUUACAUAAUGCUGGUCAAGAAAUGUCAGCCUGGGUCAUAUAAAAAUUACUUUCUGGAAAAUAUUUGUAUUCAUUUUCUAUGACCACUUUUGUAAAAUAACCAAUUUAAGAACUCCGGUGGCAAAUGGAAAGAGGGAACAGAUGCAGUGAAAAGAAACCGCAGGAGCAGCCAGUUCAGUCUAAAUGGUGGAGACUGACAUACUUUGUUGCUGUAUUUUAGUGAUUAAGAAGGUUUUUUUUUUUUUUUGAAGCUCACAAACUGAGAAAAAUGUGUGUGUUAACAGUUUCUUUUCUCACCCUCCCCACAGCCAUUUGUAAGGCAAUAAGGCACAAACCGCAGCGGUGAUUGAAGAUUAAUCGAAAAAGACUGUUUCAUGGAAUUGGCUGGUGGCCAGUCGUCAUUCCGGAGUUGUGCGUGAAUGUGUACAAUAUGUUCAAUUCAUUUUAUAUCCUGAGACGUUUGAUUAUCCUUUUGAUAUUUUAUUUCCUUGUUUUCGGGGGGGCGAGGGGGUGGGCACUCGUGGCAACAUACUGUAAUGGCUGUGUCUAAUUGUGAGGGGAAAAGGUUUAAGGGGUCACGCGGGAUUAAUGGACUGGUCAGAUCCACCUGUUAUCCACAACCUAUUCAAUGUUGACCUUAACUUGAACAAAAAUGUAUCGGAAAAUUAAAGAA